AUGAAAACAUCCAAGUACGCACCGAAAACGCCGGCUGAAAGCCUGGCACAGACAAAAGCCGAGAAGCUCAAGCAGGACAAGGACCGCGUUACACGACUAUUGGGGCGUCUUCGGUGGAAGGCCGAGAUGCUAAUGGUGUCGUAUAUGCGAACCAUGGAAAUCGUACACGCAGCACAGCAGGAUGGCUACAACGCGUCACAGCACGCAAUGGACAGCGGCGCAUCCAGUGUAGGAGGCCCUCAUGCGCGUCACUACCGUUCGUGGCGUCAGACUAACGAGCGACAGAAACAAGCCGAGUCCAUGUUCAAGGUGGAUUUCUUUGAAUUCUACACUCUGCUUGAACGCUACAUUACCGACUGCCUUGCCAUAUUUGGCAUCAGCGUCUCAGGCUCCAUGCCGCGCCAGAACUUCAACGCCCUCCGCUACGAAACCAAUCCGGAUCUGCACCGUACGCGGCCCCUGGCUUCACACGCGUUCCACGCCAAUCUUCUGGAAGCACUCGACGACGAAAAGUGUCCGCUCGCUGACUCCUUGGGACUGCAAGACGUCCGCGUGCAGCUGGGCAUUGCAAAGGACUAUCGUAAUGCGUGGAAAGAUGCGGAUAGCAAGACCAAGAUCGCAAAUAGUGAACCCCACAAGAAUAUCCGUCUCGAAGACCUGCAAUUGGAGUUCAUGCUGCGCAACAUCAUUGGUGGAUGCGACCUCGCUCAUGAAAUGGUACAAUCAUAUACCCACGACGGGCCAAACGGACAUACUCUGUCCAGCCGGGAUUUCGUGCCAAAGACAUAUGGAUACGGCAGCAUGGAUGUGGAAGACACGCCUUUUGAAUACAUGGACGACGCCAUGGACCUGGAUUGA